CUGUAUCCGACCCGCCAGGCGGCGGUCCGAUCCUGGCGUCUCGUGUUGCGGCACGCCCGCCUGUUUCGAGCCUUCCGUCGAGUCCGCAUUCAGGUGCGCGCGAUCCGUCCGAUCUCCGAUCUUCAUGCCCUGCAGGCCGAUCUGGUCGCCGACCGGAUGGGGAUCGAUCCGGCCGAAGCCCGUGCGCUGAUCGACGCUGUGGUGUACGCGCGGCUGCCGGACGCGUUGCGCGGCGUCCGCACGCAUCCCGGUGUGCAGCGGGCCCUCACGGAGCUCCGCGAGCGGGGAGCGAAGCUGGGCGUGCUCUCGGAUAUGCCGCCGGAUGCAAAGCUGCGUGACAUGGGGCUGCGCGGGUUCGCCUGCGCGGUCACCUCGGAAGCGACCGACUAUCUGAAGCCCAACCCGGAGCCGUUCCGGUACGUGGCCGAACUCCUGGACGUACGCCCGGAACAGGUGCUGUACGUCGGCAACCACUAUCGGUACGACAUCCUCGGCGCGGGCGCCGUCGGGAUGCUGACCGCACACCAUGCGCGCAGGGCGGAGCAAAGCAGCCGCGCGGAUCUGACGUUUCUCCGCUACGACUCACUGAUGCCGGCGAUCCGGGCGGCCGGCAUCCGGCUGCCGUCCGGCCGGGUGUCGUGA